AUGAUCUUCCCUUCACAUCUUCUUCGCACACUCAAAUCUCGCCAAUCUCUGUUGGCAAGAGUGAAUUUCUCUCUCCACUUCCAUCACUACGCCUCAUCAAAAUCAAACGACGACGACGACGACCGCCGCAGCUGCCCGGAUCUCCUCAGCCACAAAGACUGGCUGAGUCAACCCCAAGUUAUCAGGAUUUUUCAAAACCUCAAAAACCCCAAUUUCACUCUCUCUCUCUUCGAACAGCUCACUGCCCGCAAAGAUUACAGGCCCAAUGAAUCCCUUUACUCCACUCUCAUCAACAAGCUCGCGCUCGCCAAGAACUUCGACGGGAUCGAGACCCUCAUGCACAGAAUCAAGCUCGAGCGGAAAUGCCGCCUCUCCGAUCUCUUCUUCCGGGAUGUGAUCAAGAUUUACGGCCACUCCGCCGGCAGAAUCAACAGGGCGAUCGAAACCCUCUUCGACAUGCCCAACUACAAGUGCUGGCCCACCACAGCCACCUUCAACUGCGUCCUCAAUUUGUUGGUUUCGACGAAGCAGUUCGAGGUCGUGCACGAGGUCUACAUGGGGGCUACCGAACUGGGUGUCGAAAUCGACGCUUGCUGUUUGAACAUAAUCAUCAAAGGCCUGUGCGAGUGCGGCCAGAUAGAAGCCGCCUACAAGGUGCUCGACGAAUUUCCCGUUCAGAAAUGCACCCCCAACGCGAGGACUUUUUCGACAAUAAUGCACGGGCUAUGCGAGCGUGGCCGUGUGGAAGAGUCGUUUAGUCUGCUGGAGAGGAUCGAAACUGAAGGAGUGGAGAUGGAUGCGAUUGUGUUCAACAUAUUGAUAUCGGGAUUGAGGAAGCAAGGGAGGGGAGAAGAAGGUGUUGACCUUUUCGAUAAGAUGAUGAUCAAAGGGUGCAGUCCAAAUCCAGGGACAUACCAAGAAGUGUUGUAUUGCUUGCUUGAUUUGAAGAGGUUUUGUGAGGCGAAGAGUUUUGUGGGGAGGAUGAUUGAUAAGGGGAUUAAUCCGAGUUUCGAGUCUUAUAAGUUGAUUAUAGAGGGCUUUUGCGGUGAGGGUGUUGUAGGAGAUGUGGAGUGGGCGUUGAGGCUAAUGGUUGGGCACGGGUUUGUGCCGAAGAUGGGAAUGUGGAAGCGAAUUGUUAAUUGUGUACUCUCCGAUAAAAUGGUAUAGUUUCUGGUUGUGGUGGUGUUUCUUACGAUGGAAUGAUCGGAAACUGAAGUGUCCGUUUGGUGUUAUAUGGUCUACAAGUUUCAUUUGCA